UCAUUAUUAGGAAAUUUAUCAUCAUUCUCUAAUCAAUCAUUCAAUUCCGGUAGUAUUGUUGAUGAAAUGAAAAGUAUAAAGAGUCGAGCAUCACAUUUAAUAGUUGAAGUACCCGUCGAACAACUUAGAAAAUUCGCAAAAACUGAGGGAAUGAAUUCAUUAUCGCGAGAGACUCAGCAUUUUGUAGGAAUAUGUACCAUGCAUGGGCCACUAAGAGUUUAUAGAGGUAAAUCAUAUUCUCGAUGGUUUUGGACAUCAACUGUUACUUUAUCUAUUAUAUUACUACUCUUUCAAGUAUCAACACUUCUAGAAAUUUAUAAUUCGAGGCCAACUGUUUCACAAGUACUUUUUUUAUUGCCUGAAAAUGGUUUAAUAUUUCCUUCUGUAACGAUUUGUAACUAUAAUCCGAUCAGAAAAUCAUAUGUUGAUAAUUUGAAAAACAAAGGUUAUUUAUCACAGACUGCUUUGGAUUAUAUAAGUCAGGCAUAUGCAGAAGUUGAACAACUUUAUGAUAAUGCAAACGUGAGUGAUUUACGGCAAGGUCAUAACGCAUUUACGAGAAUUAAUGGCGCAUAUAAUUUUUCGAUCAACGAAUUCUUCGAAGAUGCUGGUUUUCCAUGUGAAGAAAUGUUAAUGCUCUGUUCAUUUGGUGGACGUUAUUUUGAUUGCUGCAAAUAUGCUAAAACGACACUUACCACUUUGGGUAAAUGUCAACAAUUGCAUUUAAGUUCAUCAAGCGAUCAGUGGAUGCAAAGGCAAACUGAAGCUGGUAUAGAUAAUGGCUUGCAAAUUAUCGUGGAUUUUCAUUCAGAAGAAUUGUUGGGGAGAGAAAAUGGAGAAGACCAACCAUAUUUUUCAAAUGGCAUAGAACAUGGAUUUCGAUAUUUCGUACAUGAAGCAGAUUCAAUAGCAUAUUUGUCAGCGGAAGGUAUUAGCGUAUCCCCAGGCUAUCGUGUCUACUCAGCAAUUACUACCAACAAAUUUUUAUUAUUAGAAAAAAAAAACUGGGGUGGAUGUAUAUCAAAAUGGCCAGAAGGAUAUGAAACUAAACGGCCAUAUUCCGCAUCGAAAUGUAAAGCGUUAUGUCGUGCAAAAUAUUUUUACGACUAUUGUAAAUGUAGUCCAUUUAUCUAUAAUAUUGAUGGAGCAUAUAAAGUCUGUUCACCGUAUGAAAUCUAUACAUAUGAACUUGGCCACGCUUAUACCUUACCAAAGUGCUCAGAAUGCAUGGUUGAAUGUGAAAGUUGGGAAUUCCAUGCUUAUAAUUCUUAUGGUUAUGGAUUUUCAAAUGGAGCUGUUAGAUGGCUUAAUAGGCGAAAUGAAAACUGGACCAGUGGACAUAUUCGAUCGAAUUUCGCCAUAAUCAACAUAUAUUUCCGCGAUAUGUCAUAUAAUGAAUAUAGCCAAGUGCAAGGAACGACAUUGACACAAAUGCUCAGCGAUAUCGGUGGAAAUAUGGGUCUUUUUCUUGGUAUGAGCUUUAUUUCUUGUGCUGAACUUAUUAUAUAUUUAUUUAAAAUUACAUGGAUUAUGAUAUCUAAAAAGAGGCGGCAAUAUAUGGUUUUGAAAAAGGAGAAAGAAUUGGUAAGAUUUUCUACUAGAGAAAUUGAAUUUUAUAAAAUUUUACCUGCAGUUAAUGAAAUUUAA